CCUUGUAUACACUUAACCCAUCCAUUUCCUCUCUAAAUAUCAUUACAAUGAGAUUUCAUCUAGUCUUGUUGUCUUUCUUUAUACCCUUAUGUUUGAUAAAUUUGAGUUUCAAUAUCUAUGUAGCAACAAGCCACUGCCUUGGCCAUCAGCAAGUCUUGUUGCUCCACAUGAAGCAAAAUCUUCAAUUCAACCCAACCAAAUCCAAAAAACUAGUGACAUGGAAUCAAAGUGAGGAUUGCUGUGAAUGGAAUGGAGUCACAUGCCACAAUGAACAUGUUAUUGGUCUAGACUUGAGUGAGGAAUUUAUUUCUGGUGCUCUAGACAACUCAAGCCUUUCCAACUUGGAAAGUUUGCAGGAUUUGAAUUUAGCUUAUAAUGAUUUCCAAUCUUCGAUUCCUUCAGAGAUUUUCAAGAUAGAGAAUUUGAGGUAUUUGAAUCUAAGCAACACAAAUUUCUCUGGAAGUUUACCAGGUGCUAUUUCCAAAUUGAAGAAGUUAUCAACCUUAGAUCUAUCUAACUGCCAGUUCAAUGGAACACUCCCUGUUUCAUUUUCAGGACUCAUUGAACUUGUUCACUUGGAUUUGUCAUUCAACAAUUUCACUGGACCUCUUCCAUCUCUUAAUAUGUUCAAGAAUCUCAAAUUUUUAUCCCUUUUCCAAAAUGGUUUUACUGGGCCAAUUACAACAACUCAUUGGGAGGGGCUUUUAAAUCUCACUAGCAUCCAUUUUGGUGAUAACACUUUCAAUGGAAAAGUUCCCUCAUCUCUUUUCACACUUCUAUCUCUACGGGAGCUUAUUCUUUCUCAUAAUCGAUUUUCAGGUUCAUUGGAUGAAUUUCCAAUUCCAAAUGCCUCUCUGUCUGCAUUAAACAUGGUUGAUUUGAGCAACAACGAGUUGCAAGGGCCUAUUCCUAUGUCUUUGUUUCGUCUGCCAAGUCUCGGUUACCUCCAUCUUUCUUUAAAUCAAUUCAAUGGAACUCUGAGGCUAGAUUUGUUACAGAACCUCCAAAAUCUGCGCGCUUUAGGCAUAUCACACAACAACUUGUCCGUUAAUGCCACUUUCAAUGGAUCGUUUCCAAGUUUGGUAGUUCUACUUCUUGGAAGUUGCAAGUUGAGGGAAUUUCCUGCUUUUUUGAGAAACCAAUCCCAAUUAAGGGCUCUAGACAUAUCCAAUAACCAAAUUCAAGGAACAAUACCGAACUGGAUUUGGAGAUUUGAAUACAUGGUUAAUAUGAAUCUUUCCAAUAAUUUUCUGACAGGCUUGGAUGGACCCUUUGAAAAUCUCAGUUCUAGUACUUUUGUGUUGGACCUUCAUUCCAACCAACUUCAAGGGUCUAUUCCAAUUUUGACAAAAAAUGCUGUGUAUUUGGAUUAUUCAAGUAACAAGUUCAUGUUUAUCCCACCAGACAUAAGAGAGUAUCUUAAUUACACAUAUUUCUUGUCCCUUUCAAACAAUAGCUUCCAUGGAAAAAUCCCUCAAUCCUUUUGUGGCUGUCCGACGCUUCGAAUGCUUGAUCUUUCCCACAAUAGCUUCAAUGGCUCCAUUCCGGAGUGUUUGAUCUCAAGGAGCGGUUCUCUAAGGGCGUUAAAUAUACUUGGAAACAAACUAUCAGGUUCAAUUUCUGAUACAAUUUCAAGUUCAUGUAAUCUAAGGUUUCUUAAUCUUAAUGAGAAUCUCUUGGAGGGUACCAUUCCAAAAUCUUUAAUCAAUUGUAAGAGCCUACAAGUCUUGAACCUUGGAAACAAUGUGUUCAGGGACAGAUUUCCAUGCUUCUUGAGGAAUAUCUCUGCACUUCAAGUGUUGAUUUUACGGUCAAACAAACUCCAUGGUUCAAUUCGAUGCCAGCGGAACAAUGGUAGUACUUGGAAGAUGCUUCAUAUUGUUGAUAUAGCCUUGAAUGAUUUCACUGGUAGGCUUCCGGGACCACUAUUGAAAAGUUGGAUAGCAAUGAAAGGUGAUGAAGAUGAUUCAGGAGAAAAAUCCGGUAACUUAUUUUUCGACAUCUAUGAUUUCCAUCACUCUGUGCGUUACAAGGAUUUGUUGGCGAGUAUCGACAAAGUUCUUGUUAUGAAACUGGCUCAACUUCAAGUUGGUGAACCACUUUCCACCAUUGAAAACUUGUUCUCUUACUUUGUCAAUGCCUACCAAUUUCAAUGGGGUGGAUCCUAUCUUGAUUCAGUUACUGUUGUCAGCAAAGGCUUGCAGAUGAACUUAGUCAAAAUUCUAGCAGUCUUUACUUUCUUGGAUUUCUCAUCUAACCACUUUGAAGGUUCAAUACCAGAAGAGGUGAUGAGUUUGAGAGCAAUUAAUGUUCUUAACUUGUCACACAAUGCUUUCUCUAGCCAUAUCCCUUCAUCACUUGGAAACUUGACUCAAAUUGAGUCAUUAGACCUAUCAAGUAAUAAUUUGAGUGGAGUGAUUCCCACAGAGAUUGCAAGUUUGUCUUUCCUCUCAGUUUUGAACCUCUCCUAUAAUCAUUUGGUUGGGAAGAUUCCAACCGGCACUCAAAUUCAGACUUUUGAAGAAGAUUCUUUUGUGGGCAAUGAAGGGUUAUGUGGACCUCCACUGAAUAAAAAUUGUGGUCAUGUUGAGUUACCUACAGGAGCACCAUCAUCAUAUGCAGGUUAUGAAACAGAGAGUUCAAUUGAUUGGAACUUUUUGAGCGCUGAGUUGGGAUUCACUAUUGGGUUUGGAUGUGUGAUACUUCCCCUUCUUUUAUGGAAGAGAUGGAGGUUGUGGUAUAGCAAGCAUGUCGAUGAAUUGCUUUUCAGGAUGUUUCCUCAGCUUGAUUUUGUAUAUAUAUUCCAUGGAGGGAAGAAAUACAGGACUCUAAAGUGGAGGUUCAACUAGCUAGCUGCUCUCAGCUCUCAUUAUAGCUUGUUAAGCAUGACUAUUGUUUGCUAGCUAAUUUCGCUUCGGAUACCUCUUUUUCUUAUAUUUUGUGUCAAUGUAAUGAACUACCAAUGCCAUAGCUACCUUUGAUUCUUCUUUUCUCAACCUGUACUUGAUUGGGAUAUACUCCUGAUUACAAGACGAGGGUGUAUCCAUAAUUUUCUUCUUGGGAUAAAUAAAAACUAUUCAUGUGCUCUUUCCCAAUAGCUUAAGCUUUUGGAUGGUUAGUUGUUUGUUUGACAUGGUAUCAAAACCUUUAUGACAAAGCGGUUC